GCCAAGGAAGCCGUGGAAGGUCGACCUCUCGCCAGCAAUCCGAGACAGCACGCCAUCGACUCACCCUGACGGGCGCGAGUUACACGAGCCCAAUGCUGGCACGGGCCAUUUAUCUGGCAGCAACGCAAGACGCCUGUUUGCUUGCGUUCCCAACUGACUUUUCCCCAUGGAGCGCUUGCAAUCUCCCACCACACCAAACGGGCAUCCGCCGCUCCCGAGCCGAAAUGGCAUCGAUUUUCCGACCGAUGACGCUGACGGGGCUUUUCUGACAUACCGUUCUACACCUCGACAUACAAGAACCCCGAGUCUUGAGAGAGGAGACGAGAGCGAGGCCAGAAGGGUAGAUACGGGUAAGAGCUGCGAUCGACUGCGCCCAGAGGAGGAAGAACGGUCGCGCCCGCGAGACAGCAUGACCACCAUGUCGUCGUCCUUGAUCGGGAAGACGGUUACGCCUUUCCUGAAGGAGCAUAUCCCUAGUCUGUAUGCGCCGAUUGGGAAACCGAACAACGAGCAGACAGCACGGGAGAAAGAUCCAAACACAAAGUACUGUUAUCGGCACCGGCCCGAUUCAAAAUGUAGAAGAGCUGCGGACGAGGCUAAGAUGGUCAUGAUUCAACGGGAGUUGGACAAGCUCACUCCAGCGGACCAACAAGCUAUCACUCACGUGUGGUCACUCUUCUCCGCCGCGCCAGCACGCCAUCGGGAGCUCAUGUUGCAGGGAGUCCUCUCACAGCUCUGCUUUCCUCAGCUCUCACUUGUUUCUCGCGAAGUCAGUGAGGCUCUAAAGAUCGAUUUCAUCACCGCAUUACCAGUCGAGCUCGCCCAGAAGAUUCUCUGUUAUCUCGACACAGUGAGCCUGACGAAGGCCGCCCAAGUCAGCCAGAGGUGGCGCAUGCUGGCGGAUGACGAUGCUGUCUGGGUCCGGAUGUGCGAGCAACAUGUGAACAGGAAGUGCACAAAGUGCGGAUGGGGCUUGCCUUUGCUGGAGAGGAAGAAGCUACGGAACUACACGCGCGCGCGCCAACUUGCCAAGGACAACUCCAACGGAAGGAUACAGGAGCUGGACGACUCUUACUCGCGCUCCGACGCACAAGGGUCGCUGCCGUCAGCGAAACGGCAAGCGGAAUCCACAGAUGAGCCAGAAAACAAACGGCGCUGCGUCGAGAAGCAACCGGAACAGGAGCCCAAGACUCGGAGCUGGAAGGCCGUGUACAGAGACCGAUGGCAGGUUGGCUACAACUGGAAGUAUGGCCGUUGCUCGGUCAAGACCCUAAAAGGACACACUAACGGCGUGACGUGUCUUCAACUGGACGACAAUAUCUUGGCUACUGGUUCAUAUGAUGCCACCAUCAAAAUCUGGAAUAUCGAGACCGGCGAGGAGAUCCGUACGCUCCAGGGCCAUACACGGGGCAUCCGCGCCUUACAAUUCGACGAGUCCAAACUGAUCAGCGGGAGCCUGGACAACACGAUUAAGAUUUGGAAUUGGCACACGGGGGAGUGUAUCUCGACGCUGCAAGGCCAUACCGAUGGUGUGGUUAGCGUACACUUUGACGCUCAGCUUCUUGCUAGUGGCUCGAUCGACAAGAGCGUCAAGAUCUUUGACUUUAACUCGAAGGAGGCGUUUUGCCUCAAAGGCCACACUGAUUGGGUCAACUGCACUCGUCUCGACAUCAGCAGUAGAACCGUCAUGUCAUCUUCGGACGACACGACGAUCAAGCUCUGGGAUCUCGACACGAAGCAGGUGAUUCGCACCUACGAAGGUCACGUUGGCCAUGUCCAACAAGUGCUGCUGCUCCCGCCGGAGUAUGAACCGGACGAUGAGCUGCUGACCGGCAGCAGCGGGUCUGGCGAUAACAGCGACACCCACUCAGUCGCAAGCGGAGGUGACGGUGCCGCAACGGUGUCGUUCAUGCACGCAGAACGCUGCAGCAGUUCGCCAUCUUGUGAUGAAGAGAUUCGCUUGAUGUACGGUCCUUCGUUUGCAUCAGACCCGUCUCGCCCUCUCCCCCCUCGCUACUUCCUGUCCGCUGGCCUCGAUAGCACCAUCCGUCUCUGGGACAGCGCCACCGGCAGGUGCCUCAAAACCAUGUUUGGUCAUCUCGAGGGUGUUUGGUCGCUUGCCGGUGACACCAUACGCGUGAUCAGCGGCGCUAACGAUGGCAUGGUCAAAUGCUGGGAGCCGCGCGCCGGGAAGUGCGACGCCACGUUUGUCGGUCACCGCGGUCCGGUAACCUGCGUCGGUCUAAGCGACAGCCGGAUGGCAAGCGGCAGCGAGGAUGGCGAAGUCCGAAUUUACUCAUUCAAGGACAUUGGGAGUGGGCGCGGGAAUGGCUCCCUGGAUGCCAGCACACCGACCCCAAGCUAAACCGCUGGGUGUCACAUCCAUGGACAUGCUGCGAGACGACUGCCAGACGAACCUGGUAUUGUUCUCCCUGCUUCCUUCUCUGUUAAUUCUCUCUGUUCUCUCGGGGCUACUGGAAAUCUCGGAAAUCCGGUUUGGGGGUUUUGCGCGCUGGUUACUGG